AUGUCGUGGUGCCGCUCGAGGAGGCAUCAUCGCGGCCACGACCACGCGCGGCGACGACUCGGCGGCGUCGAGCGGAGACGGAGCGCCGCGUUCCUCCUGGUCGCGUGCGCGCUCGUCGCGCUGUCGUCGUGCGUGCCGCCGACCUGCGCCGAGCCGAGCGGCGACAAUACCGCGGACCGCUGCCCGGUCGAGUGCUCCUGCCUCGGCAACCUGGUCGCCUGCAGCGAGCUGCAGCUGAUCGAGGCACCCAGCGGACUGCCACCGUGGACCGAGAUCUUAGAGCUAAAGAACAACAAUAUUGCUAACUUGGAAUUUGAUUCAUUGCUUCAUUUAACAAAACUCAAAAAAUUAGAUGUAAGUGCGAAUAAACUCGGAGAUAAUUUUAUUAUUGCCUUGUCAGACGUUGCACAAUUACGCGAACUUAAAGUGAAUAAAAAUCACUUGACGCAAGUGCCAGAGCUUGUAUUUGUUAAGAAUAUUACUCAUCUUUCACUAUCCCACAACUUAAUUACUAGUAUAAAUGGGACUGCGUUGUUUAGUUUACAACAGCUUCAAUACCUGGAUCUCAGUGGGAAUAAAAUAAGUGUCCUUCGAAGGGGUUUCUUCCUCGCUCCUAAUCGAAUUACGCAUUUGAACCUAAAUGCAAAUCACAUAAGGAUCAUCGAAAAUGGAAGUUUGGAUAAUCUAACAUCACUGGAGGAACUCCGUUUAAACAAAAACAAUUUGACACAGCUGAAAGAUCUUUGUGUGAAUCUUACAAAAUUGCGAAUAUUGGAGGUGAAUAGAAAUAAUUUGCAACAAAUACACGGAUUAAGUCUGAAAAGUUUGACUAGCCUGAAGGAAUUGUACCUAAAAAGAAACAGAAUUGAUACGUUAGACGAUGGAGCUUUCUGGCCGCUUAAAAACUUGGAGCUGCUACAGCUCGACUUUAAUAUGCUGACCACCAUAAAGAAGGGAGGCUUGUUCGGAUUGGAUCAUUUGCAAAAGCUGACCUUGUCGUACAAUCGGAUCUCAACGAUCGAACCUCAAGCAUGGGACAUAUGCAAAGAGAUAGUAAAUCUAGACUUGUCGCACAAUCAGUUGACUUCUAUAGAACGUGGUUCGUUCGAAUAUCUCACGAGGCUCGAGAAACUUAAGCUGGAUCACAAUCAGAUCACACACGUCACGGAAGGCGCAUUCAAUUUCACGCCAAACCUUCGUAUCCUGGAACUCAAUUCAAACAAGAUAUCCUACAUGGUGGAGGAUAUCAGCGGCGCACUCUUCUCACCGCUCGGUCAGUUGUGGAAGCUGGGCUUGGCGCACAACAGAAUAAAAUCCAUAAAUCAAAACGCUUUUACCGGCCUGAGUAACGUUGACGAGCUCGACUUAAUCGGAAACAACGUCACGUCCAUUCAAGAAAACGCGUUCCUUUCAAUGUCUAGUCUGAGAACACUUAAGAUGAACACCGGGGCCUUGGUUUGCGACUGUGGACUUCAAUGGCUGAGCAUGUGGCUGCGGGAACAUCCUUACAGCGAAGCCGAGCUGCACUGCGGUUAUCCGCACUGGUUGCAGGGCAUGUCGUUAACUCAGUUACAUCACGCAAAUUUCACUUGUGAUGAGUAUCCAAAACCACGGAUCAUUAAAGAACCUGCGAGCCAAAUGAGCAUCAAGGGAGACAAUGUGAAAUUGGUUUGUCGCGCAACCAGCACCGCUGACACACCGCUCCAGUUUACCUGGAAGCAUGACAACGUGGAGUUGAACGACACGAAUCUGCAGACCAAUCUCAGCUCCUCCGAGAGCGGAGUAACCGAGGCGACGUCCGUUUUGCACAUUACUAACGUUACCCAUUCUAACGCGGGGAAGUAUCAAUGCAUGGUAACGAACACUUACGGAACUACGUACUCGGCCAAAGCCAGACUGAGCGUGUUAGUUUAUCCGUCGUUCUCCAAAAUUCCGCGCGAUAUACGAGUGAAUGCUGGAAGCACCGCCCGUCUGGAGUGCUCUGCCGAGGGACAGCCAUCCCCGCAGAUAGCCUGGCAGAAGGACGGUGGGAACGAUUUCCCAGCUGCGAGGGAAAGACGGAUGCACAUGAUGCCGACGGACGAUGUGCUGUUCAUAAUAGACGUGAAAAUGUCCGACAGCGGAGUUUACUCGUGCACCGCGCAAAAUCUGGCUGGCCUUAUCGUUGCGAACGCUACCCUUACUAUACUAGAAAUACCGUCCUUCGUAAAACCGAUGGAGAACAAGGAAAUAAUGGUAGGCGGCUCGAUUGUGCUCGAAUGCAUGGCCAGCGGCUCGCCACGUCCGAAAUUGUCGUGGCGGAAGAACGGUAGUCCGCUGCAAGCGACGGAGCGUCAUUUCUUCACCGCGGAGGAUCAGCUUCUGAUCAUCGUCAACACGAUCGCCAGUGACGAGGGUAGCUACGAGUGCGAGAUGAGUAAUUCGCUGGGCUGCGUCGUCGGCGCGUCGCAUCUCACGGUCAAACCGGCCCCCGUUUCCACAUUGAACGAAUCCGAGAUACUGGGUCUGAUAGUGAUAACCGUGGUUUGUUGCGCCGUCAUUACCUCCGUGGUCUGGGUGCUCGUGAUUUACAAGACCAGACGCCAAUUAAAUCCCACGCAGGACACUGGCGCGCAACCAGCGGCGACCGUUAUAGUGACCGUGCCGGAGGUUCAAACGCAGCUGUACCUGGACACGAGCUCGCAGCACAGCAAAGACAGCGGGACCGGAGACAGCACUAAUCCCAGCAACGAUCAGCUGCAAUUGUGCUUACCCGAAGAGGUCGUGACAAGCUCUGCCAAUAAUGACGAAGAAAUGGGAACUAUAAACGCCAACGAUCCUCUCCUGCGUUACACGAACCACGAGCGACAUGCGAGCGAGAAUGCCGAUAGCGCGGUCUGAACGGGAGACGCGAGCCGAGGGUAAGCGGAGUUAACGCGUGCGUGUAGUUUGCGUUUCCGCAGCAGAGUUGAGUAUUCGUGAACGCGGCUGAUCUUUAAAUCAGGAUAUAAAUAUUCUGCAAAGUCGUGUACAUUAGACGAGCCAUAGUAUUAUGAGGAGCAAGGACUUCACCGGUCCCGCUGUCUAAAAAGUGACCUACAAGUGGACGUUGAUCCCCGCGACAGUCCAAAUACACAAACGGGAGUAUUCGUUACCUACCGGCGUAAGAAUGGAUCAGCGAAUCACGGCAUAAGUACAAGCGUAAGGGACGAUAGCGAAAAAACACUUACAUGUAAUCGUCAUCGUAUUUAUUAUUGACGCGACACACUCGUUCAAUCGACAUCGCGAGCGAUAUGAGCUGUAAAUAGUUAAACUAAGAUCCUAUUAUAAAAACUAGUAUUAUUACAGCGCGCGUCAGUGUCAUUCGGCGUUUCCUGGAAAUGCAACGCACUUCGUACAUUUCUAUCAUACAGACAAUUUUCCAGACACACGUGUGGUGUCCAAGCGAGAACGAAAAUCUGUUAUAGAUUGAAUUUUUUUUUUAAAUUAGAAUAUAAUAUAUGAAUAUUGUCUAUUUAAAAAUCUAAAAUUCGGACAAGUUCAAUUGAUCUGCGAUAGGUAGUGCUUGCUGAGCGUAUCAGCGAAGAUCGGUUAACGAAUUACGUCGUUAAACACAUUGAAACGCAUUCAUCAUAGCGUGUAGACGUUUACUCGAUCAUUGUACAAGCGUUGCACCUUUCCCGAACACGACCGUUGCAAUGCGCGCGCGCGAGGACAUUGCUAUAAACUAUUGAAAGCCACAAUAUAUUAGACCAGCCUUUGUGAUAGAUAUUUAUUCUAGUGUUACACAUUGCGUAGGCGGCUAUUUAUGGAUGUAGGAGAAAAUAUGAGAACAGAAACACGUCAUUCUAUUCUGGAGGAAAAAAAAACGCAAUUGCUAACGGGUGGAUGUAUAUUUAUGCACCAAAGCGUUGACUUUAGGUACCUUGUUUUUUUUUUCUCUCUUACUUCGCAGUCGCGCGCGGACACCAAACCGCUAUAUAUAUAUAUUCUGGAUUAAUUUAAUUCGUUUACUGAUCAAAAUGUUGCUCACUACUAAUAGAUACAUUGUGUUCCAGAUAUGUAGGAUCUUUUAGCUUUCGUAGGCAUUUUCGUUAGUAUUAUUAAUAUCGACUAAGUUGAAACGCAUACGAGCAUGAGACUUUAACGGAUAAAUCUUCCAGAUAUUGUUACGUAUAGUUGUCUUUGUUUUUUUUUUCCAGAGUUUGAGAGUAGUGUUUGUUGGAGACCUCGAGGUUCUUCAAUAUUAUAUAUUAUGAAAGGUGUAAAAAUUUAUUUCUCUUUUCCCUCGCAACUUCUACAUUUGCAUACGGAAAUCUGUACGAUUGUGAGACAUUUGGACCGAAGCUUCUAUUCUGAGUAGUGUUUGUUGGGGUCUCGAGGUUCUUCAAUAUUAUAUGUUAUGAAAGGUGUAAAAAUUUAUUUCUGUUUUCCCUCGUGACUUCUACAUUUGCAUACUGAAGUCUGUAUGAUUGCAGGACAUUUGGAAGCUUCUAUUUUGUGACCAAGUAAAAACACUUUUUUAAUUGAUUGAUUGUACUAUCUCAUUUUGCUUCAUUACUCGGUCUUGAAUAUAUGCGUCGUUAUGGGAUAAAAUUAUGUAAUUAUAUAUUUAAUAAUAUUAAUAGCUUUUUCUCGUAGUGUACUUGUGACAGUUUUUACUUAUGGAUAUUUCGAUUAAGGGAUAAUUCGAUUGACAUGUACGUUUUAAAUUUACAAGUAACAGAAUUUUUGAGGAUGUGCUCUUUUAAGGAAAGAAAUAAGAGGAGGAAGAGAGAGAGAGAGUGAGAGCCGAGAGUGAUGAUUAAUAAAAAGGUUCAAAUUGCGAUAAUACGCAAGUGAUUAAUAUGAAAGUAAAAAUUUCAACGAAUGGCCUUUACCUUGCACCAAGCGGGUAUUAUUAUUGGGAGAAAAACUUUCGCGAUAUAUAUAAUCUAUAUAUUUUUCUAUGACUUAUAUAUUGCAAAAGAAUUGAAAAAAAAAAUCACACUGAAAUUCGCACAAAAGACGAAGAGCCAGUACUACUUCUACUACUUAAUUAACUCGUAAACUCGCGCGAUGUGAACUCCUUCCACGAAUGAUUACUCCUUAUUUACGCAAGUGUCCGAUAAUAUGCGCAGAGUAUGAUGUGCUCAUUACAAGUAAAAAUUCAAGUAUUGUAUAAAGUAAUGAAUAGUCCGUAAUAUUCCACUUAUUUGUGUAACUCGUAAUGUAUAUGUUUAAACUAUAUGCGAGAGCAUGUUUUCGAGUAGGAUUCGGAGAAGAAACUGAGAACAUAUAUGUUUCAUUAAUGUAGUCUGUGUAGAGUUUUUUUUCUCCUUAUCUAGUAACGAGUAUUAAAUUAUGUAGUCAACGAAGAGAGAGAGAGAGAGAGAGAGAGAAAGAUGCUCUAUUGCGACAUGGUUUUUUGGCUUGCGCCCGUGUGAUACACCAAAUAAGGCAUCUGUUUCUCAUUCAGUAUUUUCCUUGUUAUAUAGUAUUGUGUACAAAUACAAAUAAUCAUCUACAAUGUAUCCUUGUGCGUUGUUAUUUACCCAUUAAAUAUUAAAGCUUUAAAAUCACUUACCUUACGACAAAUUUUCUUCGAAUAUGUUAAUGAAACGAGAGAGGAACGCAUAUUUCGGCAUUAAAAAUUAACUCUAAAUUUACUCUAUAAUUUUUACUGAAAUAGCUAACAUUAAUAAAGGCACCGAAUAAAUGGAUAUAGACAUAUAUGAAUGUAUUUAUAUAUACACUUUUCUUCUAUCGAGAUGAAUGCAAAGAUGAUUGAUUGCACAUAGAAUGAUUCGUGCUCAAAGUGAUCAAUAAAUUAUUCUCCAGUUAUUGUCAAUUUUUCUAGAUGCGACUGGAUUAAAGGGUCUGUCUUCGUAGUGAUCAGAGAUAGAGAAAAACCAAAUGCAAUAUACAGCAAAAAUGUACCUACUUAUUUCCAAGUAUCACAAUUAUUCAAGUGUACAUAUAUAAUACAUAUAUUCUACAAUCUUGCUUACUUUCGAGAUUUGUUGAUCGCUCGUGUUUAUCGCGCAGCUGAAAUUCGCAUUGUCUUUACAUACAAUAGUCAAAGCUUCCAUUCAUUUUUAUAAAGAACGAACGAAAUUGCUUGAUUAGCGAAAGUUUAAAAAAAUAAAUAGAUAUAAGAGAAAUUGCUUUCUUGAUACAUUUUACCAAGUAAUAUAUGCAUGUAUUCUAAAUUUAUCCCUUAAAAUAUAUAAUUAAGAGUCGUCUAUAUAAUAAUAUAUAAUUUUAUCUAUGUAUAUAUAACAUUUUUUGUGUUGCGAGAGAUUAACGUUUCCCAAUAAUUCUUCCGAAAGCAUUUGCAUCCAUUGCUUAAUGCCGGAUUACGUGAGAAAUAAAUUUCUAUAAAGAAGGUCCUCGAGAAUUCUUUCCUAUCACGAUGGGAAGAGGAUCCAUCGAGAAUAUUCGCUGACCGUCUCUCGCGAUGCGAAUUUCGCCGCGCGUAACGUACCUAUACGCAUUGAAAUAUAGGAACGCUUCCUUUGAGGUAGCACAUCUCCAAAUACGAGAUAUCGUUUUUAUUUUCAAUUCGAUCCUCGUUACAAACGAACGUCGGACGCGCGCGAUUCACAAAAUUACCGUCGUACAAAGUUUAACAAAUCUCCCUCGCUUACGUCUAACUGAUGUCCGUAUCAAAACUUCGUUAUAUGCAACCGCAUCCUUAUGGCGUCGCGUUUCAACUUCCACGCGUUACGAUCGUGGUAAGGAAUAAGAGCGCAUGGAGUGAUCGUCGAAUUUAGUCCCUCCGACGGUUCCGUAAGCCGAAAUUCCGAGACAGUCGCUCUCCCUCUGCGCGGAAGCGCGAGAUAAAUUCGUCAUAAUCACAAAUUGGCAAAAUUCAGAGCAUGCAUUCCGUUGCAUCAAAUAACUUUGCUCCUGACGACAGAUCGCGUUGCGAUAGGUUUUUUUUUUUAAUUUAGACGAUUCGAUGACAUCUCUCACGUCGGAGUCCCUUCUUUCGUCAUUGCUAAUCUUCUUUUAAUAUAUUGUAUAAUUACGUACAAAUGCGCGAAUGGAUUAAAAUCAAGUUAAAACAGUUUGAUGCAAAAGAUUGCGUAAUUAGAAUGCUAAGAGACCUAAGUUGUACAUUCUGAAAAAGACAGCUAGAAAGGAACUAUUUACAGAGCGUACUCUCAUGACAAAAAAAACGAUGCACGCUAAUGUUCCACGUUGCAAACAUCUUCCUAUCAUUUUCCUCUGAUUAUCUUUUUCUUUUUUUUUUUUUUUUCAUUGUCGUUGCUACAUAAACGAAGAUCCAUUCGAGAUCAAGAUCGGCAAUAUCGAUACAUUCGAAUGGACUAUCUAUAUAGAAAUGUAUGUACUAAUAAUACUAAAUUAAAACCUAGAUUUCGCGGCUGAACGAUUUAGAAUAUUUUCGGCCGAUGAAUUCUUACGUAAUAUUAUUCAUCCUAGAUUCGCCGAUCUGUCGCAUCUCUUGGCACUAGGCGCUGCGUGUGAUCCAUGUACGCGCUGGCCGCAAUAGUCUAAAAAUAAGCAGACGGCAACAAGAGCAAGGAUCACAGCAAGCACACGGCG